AUGCUGUCGGAGCUCCAGCAGUGUCUCACUUUGCUGAAACAGGCAUUACACUGUCCGAUAUGUCUAGACGACUUAAAGUCGCCAGUGAUUACGCCGUGCGCUCACAUCUUUUGCAGUUUCUGUAUAACGAAACAUAUCAGCUCAAAGCGCACAGUUAAGUGCCCUCUUUGCAAUAAGCAAGUUACCAAACGAGCCUUGAAGGCCGCCGAUAAGUUUAAAGAGAUUGCUGCCGUUACUGAGGAAAUCUUCAUUAACUUCGCCAAUGAGAGUUCGAUGGCAUUUGUUCCCGUUGUGAAGAUCGGUUCCUUACAUUUGAGCCAAGAAAUGAGUCAAGUUCCGUCUGAAGUUGUCGAGCAGAAGACUGACAAACUGUUCAGACAACCACCCGCCCGACCUAGGCGCAAUUCAACACUCCUAAAACGGAACGCACGUGGACCUACUCAGACUGGCAAUCGACUCGUCGUUUCAUUAGGCACUUCAGCACGUGUUCACAAACACAAACUUCUGAUGAAUAGUCGGCCCAUUCCUGCGAAGAUGGACGAGUUCAUUGAGGCCACGCAGCCCAUGUAUGGCGAGGUGGAACCGACUGAAAAUGAUGUGGCCGCAACGCAACCAAUGCAGCAAAAUGAGGUUGAUUUGUUCGCAUUUACACAAUCUUCCCCAAAGGCUGCUAAUGAGGAUACAAUCACGGAAUUCCCCGUCCCAUCCCCUACCAGAUCUCCAAGGGAGGACUCUUCAAGGGAGACUGUAGGUCAAGUUGCCCGGCCUCGUUGCGGUGCGGCCAUGCAAAGGAUAAAUUCCGAAGUCAUAUCCCUCCCGUCAACUACAACAUUUGCUUUGCGAAAAAAUGGAAACAGUUCCAGGAACUUCGCUUCACGGCACAGUGACACCGCGGAGAAAAUGCGCCCGCUUACCAAGCGGGGCUCAAAACUUUCAUUAUCCUCGCUGGGUUCAAUUAAACGAAAGUCCUUUCUUCGAGGCUGGCCUUCUCGUAAGCGAAGGAGCACGCCAGACUCAUCAGAAUCGUCCAUUCCCCCUCUUCGGGAGCGCAUUUUAUCUCCAUCGCCUGUCGCGCCUGAAGGUACUGUCAAGACAACUCCACGCAGGCGGCACCGAAAAACCAACGAAUUCUACUCUCCUUGGCUAAAAAAUCGUCUACACUUUUUGAAAAAGUACAAAUUCAAUGCAUCCGGUCGCGUUUCCACAUCGGAUGCUAAGGACUCCCUGUCUUCAAGAGCAUCCUUCUCAAAACAAUUUAGUCCCGGUUGGUCCCGUAUCCGCCAUCUCAACUCAGACUUGAACAGACGGUCAAAAGCCCAACUAUUGAUUCGAUCCACCAAGGAAAAGUUUGUAAGAGCAAGCAUGGUUAGAAGGUUCGGUUCUGCAUCCCGGUCCUGCCUCUCAAAGUCAUCACCUAGACGCGACUCUGUGCAGGUCGUAGCCUCUGGCCCGGUUUGUCGCUUCUCUAUCCCAUUGAACCGGCUUAGGCCCGUCGAAAUGCCAUCCACAAGACCAGACACUUUUGUAUAUUGUGAAUGUGGACGUGAAGUGCCGGCUGUUUCGGUGGUGGAAGCACCUAUGAAAACCGUCGUAGAGAAGUGCACGCAAACCACUAUUCCCAGCCCGCCGCCUGUUGUGCAUGACAAAGCGGUCUAUUGGCCAGGGCUCGCUGGUGUAGAUAGUCAGGCAACUCCUUACUCGCAGGAGACCUCCAUUCUCACUAUUCAGCCUUCAGUAAUUCCCCAGACUUGGAGCGUUAACACCAUGUCUGCAUAUUCGUUGAAAUCAUCGGGGACAACGGAGCAGUCGGAACCAGCCGAUGAUAAGAGCCCGGAGCAGAGUGAACCGCCUCCGAGUGCACAGGAUGUUGCUGAACCCCGAAAGACGUCGCAG